AUGAGUGGUAUUCUUUCCAGGCAAGGAGUUUCGCAACGACAACAGACGAUCGUAUACAUCACCAAUGACACGAAUCCUUUCGAAGAGAACUGGGCGACGCAGCUCGAGGGCUAUUUUACUAGGAUGAAGAAGGGAGUGGCUUCGUUCCGUCAUCAACAAGGAAAACGGACCUCGGGAGAGUUUUCGGUGGUACUACUGCGAAAAGAAGAGGAUGAUGAUGAUGACGAGACUUACGAAAAGGACACUAGAGUUUGGAAGACAUCAAGGCCGCCUUUGAUGAACGUUUCGGAGGUCAUCGUAAAUGUGAUUUGUCCACCCUGCUUUGGUAUUCCCGGAAAAUUUUCAUGGAGUAAGAAGUUCCCAUGUGAGAAGCAGCAGCAGCGCUAUAGAAUGAGUGGUAUUCUUUCCAGGCAAGGAGUUUCGCAACGACAACAGACGAUCGUAUACAUCACCAAUGACACGAAUCCUUUCGAAGAGAACUGGGCGACGCAGCUCGAGGGCUAUUUUACUAGGAUGAAGAAGGGAGUGGCUUCGUUCCGUCAUCAACAAGGAAAACGGACCUCGGGAGAGUUUUCGGUGGUACUACUGCGAAAAGAAGAGGAUGAUGAUGAUGACGAGACUUACGAAAAGGACACUAGAGUUUGGCGACAGCUGGAUCCUAACAUCGGUGCCAGCAAAUCGAUCGAGGACUUGGAAACUCAGUUAGUGCUUUAUUUGAAAACCUUUUCCCUUCGUUCAUUCAGCAACAUUGGAUUCGAGCUGGGCCCAGGUGUAAAAUUCAGCGUCUCUGUGUAUGCGUUGGCUAGUGAAGCUCGUCCUCCUCCAAAAGAGUACCUGGACUACGAAACAGAGAAUCCACUCGAAAAGCGUCAAAUCUGGGUGCCACGUGAUGGUGCGUCUCAAGCGCAUAGUCAAAGACCAGCCGGUGACAGCGAUGAAUUCGAAGAUGAACUGAUUUCUGAUGUCCUUGAGGACACGAAAUGGCUUGAAAAAGAAGUAGGAGAUCGUACAAGAGCUAAAUUUGAGCUUAAAAAAGCAAUUAAAGUUGGUGGUGAAUGUAUUGUGAGUGAGCAAUCCGAGAUCGAAGAGCUGGGCAGAUUCGAUGCCAAAGAAAAAGAAGUAGGAGAUCGUACAAGAGCUAAAUUUGAGCUUAAAAAAGCAAUUAAAGUUGGUGGUGAAUGUAUUGUGAGUGAGCAAUCCGAGAUCGAAGAGCUGGGCAGAUUCGAUGCCAAAGGUUCGUUCUUACCAUCAAUCUAUUCUCCAAAU